CACUCUGUAAUAACCCGGAAGUUCAUGCUAACAUUCUUUAGGAUUUCUGAAAUUCAAGACAUCUCCCAAGACCCUACAGAGGGCUUUGCUUUAGGUCGGAGAUCAGCCCAAGAGGUUUACAGGACAGAAAGUCCAGUGAUGCAUAAACUUUUCUCCAGAUCCCAUUUUCUUCAUCUGACUUCGAAAAUGCAGAGCGCAGUCAAUUAAGAGAGGUAUAGUAUGCUUUGCGUUAAAUAAAUCCGGGAGCGGAGAGAAUGAUCAGGCUGUCUGGCGAACAGGAGAACAUCUCCAGGAGGACAGAGGUUAGAAAGCUGAUAAGGAUCCUUAGGCGACGAGCAAGCGCAUCUUCUGCCUCCAGCCCAGCGGCGCAUCCGGAGUUAACUGCAGCUCGGAUCCAGAGAGAGGAAGAUGCUCAAGGUGCCAGCCGUAUUGUGUGUGUGUGCAGCCGCUUGGUGCAGUCAGGCUCUCGCAGCUGCCGCGGCGGUGGCAGCGGCCGGGGGGCGGUCGGACAGCGGUAAUUUUCUGGAUGAUAAACAAUGGCUCACCACAAUCUCCCAGUAUGACAAGGAAGUCGGACAGUGGAACAAAUUCCGAGACGAAGUAGAGGAUGAUUAUUUCCGCACUUGGAGUCCGGGAAAGGCCUUCGAUCAGGAUCCAGCUAAAGAUCCAUGCUUAAAGAUGAAAUGCAGUCGCCAUAAAGUGUGCCUUGCCCAAGACUCUCACACCGCGGUCUGCGUCAGUCACCGGAGGCUGACACACAGCGUGAAAGAUCCGGGCGUGGGCCACAAGCAGUGGAGAGGGCCCGUGUCGUCCACCUGCAAGCAGUGCCCAGGGGCCUAUCCCAGCCCCGUCUGUGGCUCAGAUGGUCACACCUACUCUUCACAGUGCAAACUAGAAUAUCAGGCAUGUGUCUUAGGAAAACAGAUCUCAGUCAGAUGUGAAGGCCGUUGCCCAUGUCCUUCAGAUAAGUCAACAAGCACAAGCAGAAAUGUUAAGAGAGCCUGUGGUGACCUGGAGUUCCGGGAAGUGGCAAACAGGCUGCGGGACUGGUUCAAGGCCCUUCAUGAAAGUGGAAGCCAAAACAAGAAGACCAAAGCAUUACUGAGGCCGGAGCGAAGCAGAUUUGAUACUAGUAUUUUGCCAAUUUGCAAGGAUUCACUUGGAUGGAUGUUUAACAGACUUGACACCAACUAUGAUCUGCUACUGGACCAGUCGGAGCUCGGGAGCAUUUACCUUGAUAAGAAUGAACAGUGUACGAAGGCAUUCUUCAAUUCUUGUGACACAUACAAGGACAGUUUGAUAUCUAACAAUGAAUGGUGCUACUGCUUCCAGAGACAGCAAGACCCACCUUGCCAGACGGAGCUCAGCAACAUUCAGAAGCGGCAAGGGAUAAAGAAGCUCCUAGGACAGUACAUACCCCUAUGUGAUGAAGAUGGUUACUACAAGCCAACGCAAUGCCAUGGCAGUCUUGGGCAGUGCUGGUGUGUUGACAGAUACGGGAAUGAAGUCAUGGGAUCCAGAACAAAUGGUGUGGCAGGUUGUGCUAUUGAUUUUGAGAUCUCUGGAGAUUUUGCAAGUGGGGAUUUCCAUGAAUGGACUGAUGAUGAAGAUGAUGAAGAGGAUAUUAUGAAUGAUGAAGAUGAAAUUGAAGAUGAUGAUGAAGAUGAAGGGGAUGAUGAUGACGAUGGUGAUGAUCAUGAUGGCUACAUUUGACGAGAGCUGUGAUCAAUGCAUUUAAUAUUUCUAUUAUUUACAAAGUGAUAGUCUAUUGACAAUGACCUUUUUGCUCCCAAACAAAAUGAUUCUAAAACUCACGUAUAUUUUGUAUAAUUAUUUCAGAUAUUGCAGCUAAAGUCAUAGAACUUCAUGUUUAAAUGCAUUACUUAAUUUAAGUUUUUAUAUGCCUUAGAGAAAAAGAAAACACAUGUGAAGUCUAGCCAGAUGGAAGAAAAUUAUGAAGAGCUACUGAUACAAAUUUUUAUAAGAACAAACUAUGUAAAUCUCCCCCAAACAAAACAACAACCAGAGUUUGAGGUCGUAUGUGUUGUGUUUCUGAGAGAUGUUUUAAGUUAAAUUUAUAAUAACUUAUUGGUGACCUCGGUCUCCAGAACUUUAUAAAAAUAUGCAUGUCCUUAAUUGCAAUUCCAAAGUAGCAUUUUUCCCAAGCCUAGAGAUGAGUGAGGGGAUACCACACAGGGUAAGAAAAAUGAGUCCUAUGUCGUGUUUACAUUAAUAAUGGUGUUUUUAAUUAUGUAGUUAUUCUGCAUAUGACAGGAUAUUUUUAGAAAUGGCAAGUAUGGAAAACCAUGGAUUCUGAAAAUUAAAAACUUAGUUGUUCAUUCUAAUUUUUUUUUAAUUUGGAUAGCAGCCUCAUGUUGAUUUUUUUAUAUUCUUAAAUGGCAUGAUUUAUUUACCUUUCUAGAUUUCUUUAUCUUUCUGACCAGCAACUUAGGGUGCAGAAUUUAAGAUAGGAAGAUGAAGGGAAAUAUU